ACACGAAAAUAAUUUCGUAUUAAAAAUUGCAACCAAUGCUGCAAUGUUUCAGUCUAAACCGAAACUUUCGGCCAGACGGGACAUCCGAAGCUUCCUAACCUGGUUUCACCGGAAAUCCGAACUUCCGAAACGUGGUGAUAAUUUAAACCUGGCGAAAGGUUCGAAACUAAUAACCACCAAAAAUUGGUUAAUUAAAUCUACUCAAUCGUUGUUAUAA